AUGUCUGCCACUACCGUUCUGACAGCCUCUGCGAGGCAUGAAGCUAGUACCUUCCCUAAAUCAAUGAAGCUCGCCGGGGUUCUUGAUGAGUUCGAAUCUUUCGAUGUCACUCCAUGCAUCGGUAAGGAGUUUUCGAAUGUGGACCUGGCGGGAUGGUUACGCGCUCCUAACUCGGAUGAACUCAUCCGGGACCUCGCCAUCACAGUCGCUGAACGGGGGGUUGUUUUCUUCCGAGGACAAACCCGACUCACAAAUGAUUUGAUGAAAGAGCUAACCCAGCGCCUGGGCCUGCUUUCUGGAAAGCCCGCCGACACAGGUUUGCACAUCCACCCAGUAAGCAACUCGGGUCGCAAGCUGGGCGGGUCAGACGACGAAAUCAGUGUAAUUAGUUCCGAACAAGCCAAGGAUCUUUUCAAAUCCCAGUACGACAAAUACGCCGACAAGAAGCAGAGUAGCAAACACGGAUGGCACAGCGACAUCUCAUUCGAGCCUGCACCAGCGGACUUUACGAUUAUGCGAGCCACGCAACUCCCCAAGACUGGCGGAGACACCCUCUGGGCAUCUGGAUAUGAAGUGUAUGACCGUCUUUCGGCUCCAUACCAGAAGUUCCUGGAGAGCUUGACGGCUACAUAUGCACAGCCUGCUUUUGCCGAGUCGGCCCAAAGAGGUGGAUUCGAAAUGUUCGCCGGCCCUCGCGGCUCGCCGCUCAACGUUGGCACAAACCUUGUGUAUCACCAUCCGGUCGUUCGGACGAAUCCUGUCACUGGCUGGAAGAGUGUCUUUGGCUUGGGCAUGCACGUCCAGAAGAUCGAUGGCCUCUCCAGCGCUGAGAGUGACGCAAUGAAAGCCUGGCUUCUGAGCAUCGUUGCGGAAAACCACGAUCUCCAGGUCCGAUUCCGUUACCAAGGAGAGGGUGAUAUGGCAAUCUGGGACAAUCGAAGUGUGUUUCAUACGGCCACGUUUGAUUACGCUGGCCUCGGCCCCAGAACCGCACAACGGACCGUUGGAGUAGCUGAGAAGCCUUACUUGGAUCCUGCCAGCAAGUCGAGAAGAGAAGCGCUGAGCGAGUUGUGA